AUGCAAUCGUUUCAUCCCGGUGAAACGCGGGCGCGCUGUUUCCAAAGUAUCGGGAACCGGGUGAAACGAAGUGAAACCAGCGCUGUGGCAUUUCAUUUCAUCCCUGAUCCCCCCCGUUGCCGCCCAGAGAGUACUCCAUUCUCGCGCGUGAAGAAUACGGCGCCGCCGGUCGAAGGGGCCCACCGUCGGCCGCUCCCCGUCGUUGCGACCCGCCGCCGGCCGAAGGGGACCCGCCACCGUCGUUGCGACCCGCCGUCGGCCGCUCCCCGUCGUUGCGACCCCAUCCUUGCGGCCGUCCGCCAUGGAUCCGCCGGGAAACCUCAGCGGCCUGGGAUCCUCACCGCCCGGGGAUCCUCAGAGGCCUCGCGGUGGAGGGAAGGCGCCGCCGGUAGGGGACGGUCCUCGGCGACCCGCGCCUCGCAGUGGAGGGAAGGCGCCGCCGCCCGCCAUGGAUUUGCCGCCGGCAGAGGAUUCUCGGCGCCCCGCAUCAGGCAGUGGAGGGAAGGUGCGCCAAUCCAGACUUGGGUUGAAGAAGCCCUCCAUUCUGGCGCCACAAGUUCAUCCUCCGACGCCGCCAUCGAUUUCUUCCUCAGCUGCUGGGACUGGCGCCCCUGGUGCGCCCACUUCAUCCCCUCCUGCAGCGAUGACAUCGUCCCUGCCAGGGCCAGCGCAAGGAGCAGGAUGGGGGGCCAUGUUCCCAAAUUUUCCUGCUCAACAUGGAAACCAACACAGCUCAGAAUGGGUGCCAUUGUGGAAGUGAUCUCUGGUUUCUGCAGGGUGCGGAGCAAGGAUGAAGCAACGAUGUCCAUCCAAUGUGUUCUAGUUUAUGGGUUCAACUGAAGGCUAUCGGCUGCACUACUAUCGUUGCUUUUUUUUUAUUUCGAACUGCUCUAUGUAUCGGUUACCUGAACUGCUC